AUGCACGACGGCUGCGCGCACGAGGAAGCCGCGCCACGGGACCCUGUGAAGCUCCGCCACUUGUGGAGACUGAGGUUGGAUCGCUCAUCCAGCCAUUGCGGUCAGAGUCUUCCUAUGCAGCGCGCUGUGCUGGAGACUGGUGAGCGCCCUGGGCCAGUGUUAGGCACACAUCGGGUCAUGCCUCAGAAACACGGUGUCCUCUCGGAAGCUGGGGAAGCAGUGCAGGGAGGGCGGCCUGGGCCACGAGGGCGAGAAGAAAUGGCCCUGGGCACUGCCCUGCAGACCACAUUGAAUGGCAGAUCAGAUGUUGAACAGCUGCCAAGGCUGGGCAGGCGAUGCAGAUGGAAUACUGUGUGCACACAGGGUGCUGUGCUGCAGUUGGUGGUUGCUGCUGCGUUUUUGCUUGUUAAUCAAGUAUCGGCACAAGAAAGGGUUACACAGAAGCUUGACGAGAUCGAGGAUGCUGUAGAUUUCAUCAGAAAGGAAGUUGGCGAUGACACACGCCUCACAAGAGCAAUGAGAGCAUCAGCAAUUGCUAUUGGAGCAACAACAAAUGUUGCGGUGGCAGUGGGCAUCAGCCUGGCUAAUGCAGUACAUUUGAAUGGCAGGUGGAGCCUGAGGUUGUGGAUGCUCCUGCAGGAGUGGUGGUAUUGGCUGCUGGCCAGCGUGCUUGUAACUGUUGCCUUGGCAUGCGCCAUCGUUGCUUUCGAAGGAGGAGAAGAUGUAGACACAACUAUUCUUGUCCUGGCCGCUGAGAUGGCAGUGUUCAUUGCCACUUUUGCAGUGCGUGCCUACCAGAUUCAUACAAGGAAAGUGCUGAUCUACAAGGCAUGGACUGGAAUGAGCCGGUCUGGACGUGGCUUGCAGGAUGCCUGGGUUGCACACAUGCCUCCUGGGUUGUGGCACUCGGCUCUGAGGUACUGCCAGCAUGAUGAUCCAAAUGUGACUCCAAUAGAGAGCAAAUUUAACCCGAGUAAUUGGGUGGCUUGGUACACUGGCAAAACUCGUCUUGACCCUGGAGUUGUGAUGGAUCAACUGAGAUGCUCAGAGAGGGUGCCUGGAGACCUGCGGGACAUUAUGCAGAACACAAAAACACAGCAGGCAAAGGAAAAGGGUUAUAUUGAUUAUUACCCUCAAAUUGGUGAUGGCAGACUGUCGAUAUUGUGGGGAGGCCGCAAUAGUAAGCUGUUCCAGGUGAGAGCAUCGAGGGGCAUCAUUUCAUACUCUGUGGCCCUCGUAACUGAGACUUACAGCUACACACGGGAGUCAGACCACACCUGGGCAUUCAUUGCUGGAGGUGCUCUUGCAAGGAACAAGGGCUUGAGGCCUUUCGAACUUCGCUUCAUGUCUGAUGCACAAUACCCCACUGCAUUGCUGGGUCAGGUUGAGAUGUGGUCGAGCUGGUACCCUCGCCCAGCAAAAACAAGGCGCACAAAGGUGCAUGCAGUUAUGAAGGCCCAAUUUGGAGGCCUUGGCGAACGGUAUGUCAAUGCAGCCACUGAGCUCAGCCUGCUGAUGGAGGAUGUGGACAACGCCUGGCUCAUCAGGUGGUUCAACAGUGCUUGUGAGCACCAGGAACUUGCCACAGCCUGGGAUCAAUGCGCAGAAGGAGGAGAAGAAUGGCAGAGAGAGCUGUAUCUCUGUUCGUAUGUCAGCAUGAUGGUGAGUCUGAACAACGGAAAAAAGAACGGACAUCCGAAGCGUGUUGACACACUAUGUACAGCUGUCAUCCUCAUCCAGGAGCGCAAAUUUGCUGAUGCAUUUGGCAAGCUGACCCCUGCUGUGCAGAGGCGCAUUCGUUACGCAGUGAGGGAGGACAUGGAUGCUCUUGCUGUCGAUGAUGAAGCGCAAAACAAGAUCGUCAAGUCAAUAGUUUUAUAUGCUGGUGCAAGCGACUCUAUUGAAGGGGUGGUUGGGUGGAAAGACGUGCAACUUCAAGUUGGGCUGGAACAGUCGAUUGGGGAAGUGGAGUGCUGA